AAAGAAUCGCUGUCAAAGACUUCUACUUGUAAUAAACUAAAAUGGCCUCCAUGGCUAGCGGAAUGGUAAGGAAGAAGAAAUGGAACAACACCAACAGCUCUAACAAAUCGUAUUCAUUAAAACCCUACAACGCCAUGGCCUCCACCGCAACGCCACCAUUGUCCAAAUACAAAUGGAGAAUCUCUAUUGCCGUUGCCGUUCUUCUCCUCUUUCUCGUUAUUGGCGUUUCUACGAUUCCAUCCAACGUCUGGAAUUUCUCCAGAUCAAUUGCCCCUUCCGUCAAUAUCUACUCAAUUGAAAUCGUCAACGAGUUUCCUCACGAUCCUACAGCCUUCACUCAGGGGCUCCUUUAUGGUGGAAAUGAUACUCUAUUUGAGUCAACUGGUCUCAAUGGACAGUCAUCUGUUAGGAAGGUGGCUCUUCGAACAGGAAAGGUGGAAGCGAUACACCAGAUGCCUUAUUCUCUGUUUGGGGAGGGAUUAACUCUUAUUGGUGAGCGGUUAUAUCAAGUGACAUGGAUGGAGACAACUGGUUUCAUAUAUGAUCGUUAUAAUUUAAGCAAAGUUGGGAUGUUUACUCAUCAGAUGGAAGAUGGUUGGGGGCUAACAACUGAUGGGAAAGUUAUGUAUGGGAGUGAUGGAACUUCUACUUUAUACCAAAUGGAUCUCGAAACAUUGAAAGUGAUAAAAAAUAACACCGUCAAGUAUAAAGGACAAGAAGUAUUCAACCUCAAUGAACUAGAAUAUGUAAAUGGUGAAAUCUGGGCAAAUGUUUGGCAGACUGACUGCAUUGCAAGAAUCUCUCAAAGAGAUGGCACUGUUUUGAGUUGGAUUCUUCUUCCAAAGCUAAGGAAAGGAUUGCUGGCUGCUGGCAAUAAUCGUAUUGAUGUGUUGAAUGGCAUAGCAUGGGAUAAAGAUAACAAUCGACUCUUUGUGACCGGGAAGCUUUGGCCAAAGAUGUUUGAGAUUAAGCUGCAGAGCAGCAAGGUGGAAGAAUCAUCCGAUAAAAUGAUAAAGAAUCUUUGUAUUCGUCCGAAAUUUGAAUUUUGACGACCAUUCCCAUUAUUUGAUUGUGAAUCUGUGAUAUAUACAUAUAGAGUUUCAUUUCAAAAAAACACAUUUUCUGACUGUUACAAAUAAGGUUAAAUUAUGUUUAC